AGCCCCUCAGGCCUGCUCUUCCAUUCAGUUCAAUCAUGGCUGAUCUGUACCUGAACUCCAUAUGCCAAUCUUUGUUCUAUAUCAUUUGAAACCCUUGCUUAACAAAAGUCACUGUCAUGAAAGCUUCAGUUAUUCCAGAACCAACAGACUUUUGGUGGAGGGGUUAGAAUUAGAUAAUUCUGAAAUAUUAAGAGGAAAAUUACAAAGAAUGUAUUUUCUGUUUAAAUGUUUUUUAAAAAAAAUCUUGUUCAAAAUAUAAAUGCCACAUCACGUACGCAAAAUAUAAAUGUCACCACAUAACCCUUGCCUGGAUGCUGCUGGGCAGUUCAUGAUGUUGUGUUCAGGUGCUGAGGUUGUAAAGCUGCUAACUGGCAGCUGGAGAAUUAGGAGUGCCAGGGGUUUAUGGGCAUUCUGCCCCUGGUUUGCAUCCAGUAUUCAUAGAGGAACUGAGUUCAGAGCCAGCUGCCAUCAGUUCACACAUAAUUUACAAUAUUAUGCCCUCUUCAAGUGAAGACAUCAGGGAAAUUUAGGUAUAGCCCUACUCAGUGUGAAAUAGGCACGAAGGAUUUGCACUACUUUUCUCCUGCACUUCAGCUGAUUUUUGGGGUGUUUUGGCCUGGUUGAAGGGGAAAAUCUACAUUUAUAUAGGGCCUUUUACAACCUCAAAAUGUCUCCCAGCACAUUACAACCAAUAAAGUACUUCUGAAGUAUAUUCACUAUUAAAUUGUAAGAAUGUGGCAACCAAUUUGCACACAGCAAGGUUCCACAAACAGCAAUGUGAUAAUAACUGAAUAACCUGUUUUAGCGAUUUUGGUUAAUGGGUAAAUAUUGGCCAGGAUACCAGGGAGAACUCCCAUGAUCUUUUUCACAUUGGGCCUUGGGAUCUUUUACAUCCAUCUGAGUUGGUAGAUGGCACCUCGAUUUAAAGUUUUAUCAGAAAACUUGCAUCUUUGGCAGUGCAGCACACUCCCUCAGUACUGCAAUGAAGUGUCAUCCUAGAUUAUGUCCUCAGUCUCUGGGGUGGAACUUGAACCCACAACCUUCUGAUGCAGAUGAAUUUCCACCACUCACCAUGGAAAUGUUUUUGGUUUCUUAGGGAAUAUAGGGAGCAGGCAGAAAAGUGGAGUUGAGGCCAAAGAUCAGCCAUGAUCAUAUUGAAUAGCGGAAAAGACUCAACAAGCCAUAUGGUCUACUCCUGCUUCUAUUUCUUAUGUUCUUAUGAAAUCUGCAAAGGCCUUUUGGAAAUUCUGGUUGAUUUUUUUUCCCUCUUUAUGCUGAGCACCGACCGAGUCCAAUUGUAGUACCUUAACUCCUGUUCACCUCUCUAUCCAUCCCCCUUUCCACCUUUAAGACACUCCUUAAACCGGUGUCUUUGACAAAGCUUUCAGUCAUCUGCCCUAAUAUUUCCUGAUGUAGCUUUGUGUUGAAUUAUACUCAAUUAUAUUCCUAUGAAAUGCCUUGGGACAUCUUACUAUGUUAAAGAUUCAGUAGUAGUUGUUGAUUGAGAUCAGCUAAUCUAACAUUAAUUAGGGUGAGAACCUGGGAAAUUCCUGUAAGACUCAGAUACUCAUGGAAUCACCUCACUUACCCAUUGUGGGGAGGCCUUUAUAUAUAUUUUCUGUUUAAAGCUGUUGAAGCUAGGUAACCUCUGCUUUUAAGUAUGACAUUUAGGGAUUGUUUACUCUUGAAAAUCUUAAGCCAUUAUUCAGUUAAGUGGCUUAAUUUUGUUUUUAUACUGUUUGUGAAAGGAAAGUAAAAGUGAAACUGUCACUGGGUGUUUAUCAUAGUUAGGACUAUUAGGGAACUUUGUGCAGACGAAGGUUCUUCCAUAUAGUUCUUCCUGUUCUCUGAUGGUCAGUGUUGCACCGUAUUGUAAAAUGAAAUUUACAACCAUGAAGAGUCAGUGUGUAAAGCUGUCUGUUGGCAAAACAUUUUCCUGAAGGAUGGGUGUCAUUGGCAGCAUUUGAAUGACCAUGGCAGAAGAGCACGAGGACAAACAGAAAAGUCAGAAAAAAGUGAGCCAGACCUAUCAGAGCUCGGCACAUUCCCAGUCUCUGCUCAAUGGACUAGUCGCACUCCGAAACAGUGCAAGCCUAUUUGAUGUUACACUGAUCGUAGAGGGGAAGUCCAUCGAAGCUCACCGCAUACUUCUGGCAGCAUCAUGUGACUAUUUUAGGGGGAUGUUUGCUGGUGGGCUGCGGGAGAUGCAAGAGAAGGAGAUAUUUUUACAUGAGAUAUCCUAUAUGGCCAUGUGCAAAAUCUUGGACUUCAUCUACACCUCUGAGAUGGAGCUGAACCUGAAUAAUGUACAGGAUGUGCUGGUGGCUGCUUGUCAGCUGCAGAUUCCGGAGGUAAUCGAUUUCUGCUGUGACUUCCUCAUUUCCUGGAUUGAUGACGAUAACAUUAUUGAGCUAUACAGGCUGGCUGAGCAUUACAGUCUGACCCAGCUGAGCAACAAGAUUGAUUUAUACAUCCUCCAAAACUUCCUGACCAUCAGCAAGACUGAGACCUACCGCCAGCUGCCCCUAGCCAAGGUGCAAAGUCUGUUGAGCAGUGACAAGCUCCAUGCCAGCUCCGAGAAUGAAGUCUACGAGGCAGCUUUACUUUACCACUACACCCAGGAGGAGAUUGAUAGGGACCAGGUCUCCCUGCAUGACCCGCCAAAGCUGCUGGAGAUGGUCCGUUUUGCGCUGAUUGAACAGCAGACCUUCCAGAAACUGUACAACAGGCUGAGCCCCUGUCCUCUCAAAGAGGUCUUGGCAGAUGCCCUGGCCUACCACCAGAAUGAAAUCCUCCAGCCCGUACUCCAGACCCCUCAGACGCAACUGAGGUCAGAGUUCCGUUGCGUGGUGGGAUUUGGAGGAAUGUACUCCUCCCAGGACGAAGACUUGAGUGAUGAGGUCAAGUUUCUGAACCCAUUAACCCGGGAAUGGCGAACUCUGACCCAGGCACAAAUGCCAAAGAUGUCAAACCAGGGCAUUGCAGUUUUAAAUAACUUUGCUUAUCUCGUGGGUGGGGACAACAACACUGCAGGGUACAGAGCAGAGAUGCUGCCAGACCUGCUGAGUUUUUCCAGGUAUGAUCCACGGCACAACAAGUGGACUCGAAUCCAGUCGCUGCAGCAGCCACAUGCUGACCAUUGUGUGUGUGUAGUGGGCGAGUAUAUGUAUGCCAUCGGAGGCCGGGACUACCACCAGGAGUUAAACAUGGUGGAACGUUAUGACCCCCGGUUAAAUACUUGGGAAUAUGUGGCCCCACUAAAAAAAGAGGUGUAUGCCCACGCUGGAGCAGUGCACACAAGGAAGAUAUACAUAGCCUGUGGGAGGAGCGGCAGAAAUUACUUGAAGGAGCUGCACUGUUACGAUCCAGAGGCAAACCAGUGGGAAAUGAAGGCUAAUGCUCCCGUGGAACGGGCCUGGCAUGGAAUGGCUGCAGUACGAGCUCAGCUUUACCUACUCGGUGGCAGCAACAACACCAAUGGAUACAGACAGGACGUCAUGCAGGUAUCCUGUUAUAGCCCCGAGAGGGACCAGUGGUCAACAGUGUCCGAAAUGCCCUUUGGUCACGGGGAGCCGGGCAUUGCUGUCUUGGACGAGAAGAUCUUCAUCCUGGGCGGGAGGUCACAUGACCGCUACACACGCACACACUACGUUCACAUAUACAAUGUGAUGGAAUGCUGCUGGGAGGAAGCGCCCGACAUUGAGUGUGCCAAUUCUGGGAUGUCCUGCUGUGUUCUAACCCUCCCAAGACAGCUGGUUGAGGACUGGGGGAAUCAGACCCCCCGAAAGCUUGCCCAGCACGCUUGCCGCCGCCGCCGUGCCUACAUGCUUCCUGAAGUGGUUGGGCUUUCCGACUUUGAGGAGUUCAGCUCCAGUGAAGACUGAACUUUCGGUUAAAUCGACUGGACUGUCAAACAUUCUGUUCUAACAUGCCACGUCCUGUGGAUAUUCACCUUGUCCCUUUUGUUUCUUUGCAUGUUCUGAGCUCUCCUCCUGAAGGUUCUGCUUCAUGCUGGGGCACUGGGGAGGGCCGACAGUAUUGUGGUGGUGUCACAGGAACAGACAGUUUCUCCCUGCCUCCCCCACAUUGCCUCAUCCAAAUGACCAUUCUUCAGCAGACGAGCCUGAACACCAUGUGUUGACAAAUUGCGGGACCUUAGGAGGCCAUCGCACCUAAACCUGAUCAAGUCAUCUUGCUGAAGUUUAUACUCUCUCCAGUGGGGAUCCUGGCAGUCUCAUUAUUCCUCCCAGCCUGAGGCCACUGAGGUCAGAUAUAAACUUCAAAACUAAGAAUUGCUAACUCACUACAAGAACCAGAAUCAAACCUGGGACCGUAUGAUUUGCAUGACUUAGAACAACAUCAGUACAUCAUUGAGGAACUUAAUUUCAUUGGUUAAAGGUGGUUGAUUUCUUUGUUCACUGUUAGCUCAUAGCAAGUUCAGCUGUAAGAUAGGCAACAAAUCCAUCAUUCUGUCUCUGUAUCCUCCCCUAUUGUAACCUCUGACCCUUUCAUUCCCAUUAAAUUAUACUACAAUAUUGCUUUGCUUGGUACUUAGGUGAACAGUAGCUCAGAAUCUUCUUCCUGCACUCUCACAUUUUUGAAAUUAACACUCAUUCCAUUUUCUCCUAGGACCCCAGAAUUCUGUAUCUCCUCACCACCCACCCCCUCCCCCACCUUAGCUUUCUCGUUGUCCAACACUUCAUACUACAAAAGAAAACUGAGCUUGGUGUCACAGUGGCACUUCUACCUGAGUCAGACUGGCAUUUCAUGUUGUACAGAGGAAGUGCUGCAUUGACAGAAUUGCUGUCUUUCAGAUGAGACUCAACAAAGGCUCUGUCUGCCCUCAGGAGAGAAGAUAACCUGACCACCAAAGAGGUGGAUGUAAAAGAAUCCGUGGUACUAUUUUGAAGAGCGAGGGUGUCCUUGGUAUCCAGGCCAAUAUUUGCUCCUUCAGCCAACACCUAAAACUUGAUGAUCUGACCAUUAUUACAUUUUUUUUUGUGGAAUCUUGCUAUGUGCAAAUUGGCUGCCAGGUUUCCUACAUUACAACAGUGCACUUCACAAGUACUUCAUUGGCUGUAAAGUGCUUAGGAGCAUUCUGAGAUACAAGACUUUAUUUAAUUUAUUUCAUCUUUAUACUCUAUUUCAUGCUUUCCUUCACACAGAGAGCUCUACUCUGUGUGCCAUGGCCCAUUUCCUUUUUUUCAAUAGAUUCGCAGUGAUGAAAUUGCUGACUUGUACUUGGUCAGUGUUUUGUAAGAUCCAAUUCCCCGGCCCCUGUCCAAAAAAAUGAAAGAGCAUUCUAUUUGAUCUUGAUGUUCAUCUUCUGUGUGCACAAUUUUGGACAUGGAGUAACUCACAUCCUCUUAAUACUGUAUGUCUUCCUUUGACUCAGCAUCCAAUUUCCUUGCUUCUGUGAAGUGCCUUGGGAUAUGUAUCCACAUUCAAGGUGCUAUAUAAAUGCAAGAUGCUGAGGUGCAAUGGUGAUAAAGUGAUUAUUAUAUACCUAAUUUAUUGACAUGUUUUAAGGAGAAUAAAGUGCUUAUGUUCAUUAAGUACACAAUUCAUGCAUGGUUUAUUUUAAAUUUGUACUAUCCGUGAGCAAUGUUUUCCCACAUUUCCUUGCACGCGUGUCAACUCUCUGGUAAGUUUUGCAGGUGGCAAGAUUUGAGGUUCAUCUUACUUGAAGGUGCUCCAUGCCAAGUCUGAGGUGACCAACAAGCUAUUAGCCACUCGUAAAGGUUGAUUGAUUUAUAUCAAGAAAUAUCUGAACAGAUAAACAAGAGGGGCUUUUGUUAAAAUCUAAACUGGUCCAGAGAUUCAGGCAAAGAACUGUAUAAGUGCGAAAAGUUUGUAACCUGGGAAGAGUGGAUGAUGCUUAUGUGUGUUUUCGAUAAUGCAUGUUAUUUGCUUGGAAAGAGCUUGUUAAAUGUGUGAAGUUCUGAUUUAUCUAAGGUUAAUAGCUGCUGAUGUCAUGAAUAUAAUUGGAAAAAAGUUUUAUAGAAUUCGUCAAAUCAUGAAGCUACUGGAGUGUUGACAUUGAGUGAAAUUUACUCUCCAUUUAACAGAGCUUUGAAGUUUCACCCAUUAGAAACACCACGCAUCUUGUUUUAAAAGUGUAAUCUACUCUGCUGUAAUACACACAACAAUAAACAUAACUUUUUAUGUUUAAGUGGA